AUGGGGUUUAACGAGGUUUCUGCUCUGACGGUUCUAAUGCAAGAGUGGGGCAUUAGACCUCCCAGUUGGGUUGGUUCAGAUCCUUGUGCUGAGGGCUGGGAAGGUAUUGCGUGCUCCAAUUCACGUGUUACCUCCAUAAUUUUGGCAAACAGGGGUUUGACAGGUCAGCUACCUAGCGCAAUCCAGUUGUUAUCUGAGCUAGAGAUUCUGAAUCUGUCUUUGAACAAGGGCCUGACAGGACCACUUCCAGCAUCACUUGGAAAUUUGACGAAACUAGUACACUUAGUCCUGGCUGGUUGCAGUUUCUCUAGUGCUAUUCCAAGCACAAUAGGAUCUCUAGAGCAGCUAUUUUAUCUAGAUCUGAAUAACAAUAGAUUGAGUGACCAGAUUCCGCCUUCCAUCGGUAGUCUGUCCAAUCUAAACUACCUGGACCUAACUGGAAACAAACUUAAUGGAUACAUCCCAGUCUCUAGUGGGACUACACCUGGUCUUGAUAUGCUACAGAAUGCAGAACACUUUCAUUUGGGAGGGAAUCAGCUCUCAGGCAACGUUCCACCUGAACUUUUCACCUCAAAGAUGGUUCUGAAACACUUGAUUUUGGACAACAAUAAUCUAACUGGCAGAAUCCCUUCUACAAUUGGAAAUGUGCAGACUCUGGUGACAGUACGCCUUGACCGGAAUUCAUUAAGUGGGCAUGUGCCUUCUAGCCUCAACAGUCUUUCAAACAUGGCCGAAUUGCACUUGUCCAACAAUAAGCUGACUGGCCCCAUGCCCAACCUUGCUGGCAUGGAUCUCCUCUACUAUGUGGAUAUGAGCAAUAAUACUUUUGAUGUGUCAGAUGUCCCUGAUUGGUUUUCAACCUUACAGUCUUUGACAACAUUAAUGAUGGAAAACACAGGACUUCAAGGAAAAGUUCCCCAAGCGCUAUUCAGCUUUUCCAACUUACAGACAGUGGUACUAAGGAACAACCAUCUCAAUGGCUUAUUGGAUAUUGGAACCAUUUAUAGCGACCAAUUGCAACUAAUUGAUUUGGAGAACAACUCAAUUCUUAAUCUUACGCAAAGUGGAGGGUCCAAUUAUACACUCAUACUUCUUGGUAAUCCAAUUUGUGACAAGACAAACAUGGAAAAGAAAUACUGCAUUGUCUCUCGAUCAGAUUCCUCAUAUUCGAUGCCACCAAGUAACUGCGAGCCUGUUGCCUGUAGCUCGGGUGAAGUUUUAAGCCCCAAUUGUAAAUGUGCACAUCCCUUCAAAGCAACUCUAGUCGUCUUAUUUGUUUCCUUCUCAAACUUAGGAAACUUUAGUUAUUACACAGCUCUGCAGGCCUAUCUUAUGCAAUCUUUUCAUUCCUACAACAUUCCUGUGGACUCCGUUUCUGUGAGUUAUCCUACCUGGAGCUCAUCUUAUUAUCUUCAACUGAUGCUAGAAGUUUUUCCAUCUGGUGAAGAUCGCUUUAACGAAACAGGAGCUUCAACUCUUGCAUCUGUGCUUACCAACCAAACUCUCCCGCGUCCAAACGAUUUUGGACCCUACAUUGUUGUAUUGUAUUAUGGAAAAUCUGGAGGAUCAAAUAAGGCCUUGGUAAUUGGUGCAGCAGUUGGUGGUUCUGCACUUCUAAUAUUAGUAGCCCUAGUAGGCGUUUAUGUUUUCCAACACAAAAGGAAAGCAAAUGAGCCAUGGAGCAGAUCAAUUCCUUUGCCUUGGCACUUUUGUUUCGCUAUGAAGAAGCAGUAUGCAUUAAAAUUGAUUUCCUGUCAUACAAUGCAGCAAACUUGGAAUUCAAAUAUCAGUGGCAGUGUUCCUCAGUUAAAAGGAGCAAGGUUGUUCUCUUUUGAAGAGCUUAUGAAGUACACCAACUGUUUUUCGGAGGCAAAUGAUAUUGGAUCUGGAGCUGUAAAUGGUGGAGGUCAUGACCGUGCCAAGGCCAUAGCUACCAGGGCAGCAUGA